AUGAGGGACAGACUGGAGGAACUGAAGAACCAAGUACACCCGGGCAGAGACCCUUUGGAGUUGGAUGACACCUUGGUAUUUGACAACCCUGCUUUCGAGAAGAGUGAGGCCAACUCUAUAGAGAAGUUUUUCCAGGAAGUGGCUGAGUUGUCCCUGGCACUGACAGAGCUGGAAGGGCUAUCUGUGUCAAUAGACAAGAAGCAGCAAGGUGUGCUGUGCUGUACUACAGAGGAGAGUGUGUUCAGGGAGAAGAAUGACUUGAGCAUCAUGAAAGCCUCUUUUACCAGCCAAGCCCGGCUCAUCCAGCCCCAGCUCAACACCAUCCAGCAGGAGCUGACCACAGACUGUAAGUACAGGCGGGCUGAGCACCGCAUCCGCCAGAGCCAGCUCGCUGUCCUCCUUGGCCGCUACCGUGGCAUCAUCAGCCACCACUAUGCCUGCGAGACUCAGUACGUGGUCCGGCUAAAGGAGAAGAUGCUGAGGCAGGCUGAACUAGCAGGCCUGAAGUUGCGAGAGGAGGACCUGGAGAAACUGGUAGCUAGCCCAGUGGCUCCUCAAAUUGUGGGUCAUGAUCUAGAUAUUUUCAAGUCCAAGCAGGGCCUGGCUCUGGUCCAGGUGCGUCACCAGCAGCUUCUGGACUUGGAGUGUCAGAUCAGUGAGUUGCAUAUCAUCUUCCUUCAACUGGAGAUGCUCAUCUCAGAGCAGCAGGAGUUUGUGGACAGCAUUGAAUACAACAUUUUGCAAACUCAGGACUACAUUGAACAGUCAAAUGAGACAGUGAAGAAAGCCCUCAAAUAUAAGCGCCAGUCACGCUUCUUAACACUGAUAUCAACUGUGGUAGGACUUUGUGCUUGUUGUACAUGCUUAUCUUGUGUGACCAGAGGACUUCAUUGA